AUGUCCGACUUCGACCGGGAGCUCCCCGAGACAGCCGCUUUCGUUGACGCGAAGCUUCUAAACGGCGGCAGUAUGACAGCACAUUAUCACAAGCUUCAUGCCGGGGAGCCAGUUGUGGAGUUCAGAAUGUACAACUGGGCCUUCUACAUUCACCAUCCGGGCCAGCAGAGACAUAUCAUCUGGGACCUCGGGUUCUCGUCGCGGCACAUCCAGGACCCUGACGACUAUCCGCCCGCAGUCGCAGAGGGCCCCUUCGUCGAAGCCCAUUUCCAGGCGCCCAGCGAGUCAAUAUCAGAUCAGAUCCAACGUCGUAGCGGGGUGUCACCGGAUCAGAUUGAUACCAUCGUUUUCAGUCACGCUCACUUCGACCACUGCCGUCCCAUCAGCCGCACGUUCCGCAACGCAUUCUGCACGCCGGGACACUUGGCCGACCCGACCUCCUUCUGGGAUGGCCGAUUUUUCGACCCGGAGGACCGCGCGACCGAGAGGUGGCAAACCUUUCUGGGCCCUUGGAUGCCCUUCGGACCUUUUCCCUAUGCAAUGGACUUCCUAGGCGAUGGUAGCCUGUGGAUCAUCCAGGCCCCGGGCCACAUGCCCGGGAAACCUAUGCGAGUGCAUGGGGGAAAGAGGAGGGCUCUCCUGGACGGGGUCAAAGACUUCGCCAGCUUCCCGCUCCCCGGAGGCACCCAUUUCUGUUUGCACACCGAUCUCGACGCGGCGCAAGACACGGUAGCCCGUGUGCGGUAUCUGGAGACGCACCGAGGGGUGCAUGUUGCGCUGGCGCACGACACCUCCUUUAUUGAGGAUGGGCAGGACACGGUGCUAUUGUCAUUGCUUGACGAGGAGGGUCUGGACGGGUGGGGUGCUGCCAUUGGCGAGCAGAGGCCUAUCUAG